GACCGGAUCCCCUUGCCGAAUAUCCCGUGGCCUAUCUUGGGUGCUGCGCCAGAUUCAGCCGAUGCUUUGGUCGAACAUGUGGAAAAGAAGCAUGGGCCUUUGGGCCCCGAGAUCCUCAAGGUCCAACGAAGCCUGAGGAAAAGCAUCCGGGAAAACUUCGACGAUGAUGGUGAUGAUGCUGAGAAGGAUGAACAGACCAAGAAGCCCAAAGCCAAAAGCAAGGCAAAGGCUAAAGCUAAAGCAGCAAAGUCGAAGGCGAAAUCCAAAAGCAAGCCUGCCCCCGAGAUCGAGCCCAGAGGUGAUGAUGUCAUGAGUGAUGCUAUGGAGUUGGAAAAGGAGGAGGACCUCGAGCGGCUUAAGGUACAGCAAGAGGAGGAUGCAACGGUGAAGAAGGCAAAAGGCAAAAGGAAGAAAAGCAAAGCCAAGGAGGCCACUGUGGAUGAUGAGGACAAACCGGCCAAGCCUGUGAAGCGACGGCUGGAUUUCGAGGAGGAUCUUGAGGAGGAGGCAGAGGCCAAGGAAGAUGGGGCCAAGCGGGCCCCAAAGUGCAUGAGAACCACGAUGGCCUGGGCAUCGCCACGAUCGGUGUGCUGCACCUGGGCUGUAUUUCUGAAUCAUGUCUGCGAUGGGUUCGAUAUUCGAUAUGGGCUUGCAAGGUUGUCUGGAGCCUUCUAUGUAUCUCCUGUUUCGGAAGACAGACUGAAAUCUGUCAAUGAGCACGUGCGGGCGGAGAAACCGCUCGAGGCCAACAAGAAGAAUGGUGUGCAGAUUGCUUGGGAGAAGGGAAAUCUGGGUGAUGUGCAGGACAAGUCUUCCGGCUGCCAGUAUAUACCCUACCAAUAA